GUUUUAAUGUGGUUAAUCUUAUCUUCGCUACAAACUCAGUUGCUUGGUCCUUAUUCCUGAAACUCUCUUCAAACUUCAAAAUCUCUUGAGCAAAAAUUUCAUGGCUGCCACUUCAACUUCUUCAUUAACUAUACCAACCAAUGCCCACAAAAUAAACUUCUCAUCAUCUGGUUCAAAGAAACUACAUAGACACACGCACCUGAAUUUCUCUUUCCUUUCAAUUUCAAGCCCAAGAACAAGCCAUAGUUGUAUAGUAUCAUCUAAUGCAGCCAAAUAUACAGAAUUAGUGGUUGAUGAAGAGAUUGACAAGGUUAAGAGGCUUCAAAAUGGUCCAGACGUUCGCGGCGUCGCCCUUGAAGGCGAGAAGGGUCGAACGGUGGAUCUAACGCCGCCCGCCGUGGAAGCAAUUGCAGAAAGCUUUGGUGAGUGGGUGAUUGAACGCAGGAAAAAUGGACGAGGUGUCAAGGAUUUUAGAGUUUCAUUUGGGAGAGACCCUCGAAUCUCCGGGCCGUCGUUGAGCGCCGCCGUGUUUACCGGUCUAGCUCGCGCCGGCUGUUUGGUUUUCGACAUGGGACUUGCAACCACCCCUGCUUGUUUCAUGAGUACUUUACUAGAACCAUUCACCUUUGAUGGUUCAAUCAUGAUGACAGCUUCUCACUUACCAUAUACAAGGAAUGGGCUAAAGUUUUUCACUCCUAGGGGGGGGUUGACGGCGACGGAGGUGGAGGGGUUAUGUGAACGAGCCGCACGUAAGUAUGUCAAUAGGACGGCGAAGGUGUCGGUGGUAGUGAGUCCUCCGACGAGAGUAGAUUUCAUGAGCGCUUACACCAGGCACCUUAGGGAAAUUAUCAAGGAAAGAGUGAACCAUCCCCUUCAUUACGACACUCCGCUUAAGGGUUUUCAGAUAAUUGUGAAUGCUGGAAAUGGAUCAGGAGGUUUCUUUACAUGGGAUGUGUUAGACAAGCUUGGUGCAGAUACAUUUGGUUCUCUAAACCUCAAUCCAGAUGGAAUGUUUCCUAAUCACAUUCCAAAUCCUGAGGACAAGAUUGCUAUGUCACUCACCAGAACCUCAGUAUUAGAGAACUCAGGGAACCUCGGAAUUGUUUUCGACACCGAUGUUGAUCGAAGCGGCGUGGUUGAUGAAAAGGGAAGCCAAAUAAAUGGAGACAGACUCAUAGCUCUCAUGGCAGCCAUUGUCUUGAAGGAAUACCCAGGCACCACCAUUGUUACUGAUGCUCGUACUAGUAUGGCCCUUACUAAAUUCAUUACCAAUAGAGGGGGUCAUCACUGCCUCUAUCGGGUUGGCUAUAGGAAUGUCAUCGACAAAGGUGUUCAGCUAAACAAGGAUGGGGUUGAGACACAUCUAAUGAUGGAAACAUCUGGACAUGGAGCUCUGAAAGAAAAUCACUUCCUUGAUGAUGGGGCUUACAUGGUAGUGAAGAUCAUAAUUGAAAUGGUAAGAAUGAAGCUUGCUGGUUCAGAUGAAGGAAUCGGUAGUCUUAUAAAAGAACUUGAAGAUCCAGCUGAGUCUGUAGAGCUUCGGAUGAACAUACUUUCUGAGCCAAGAUAUGCAAAGGCAAAGGGUGCUGAAGCAGUUGAGAAAUUCAGAAACUAUGUAGAGGAAGGAAAGCUCACAGGAUGGGCGUUGGAUUCCUGUGGAGACUGUUGGGUGAGUGAGGGCUGCCUAGUAGACUCGAACGACACACCGGCCGCCAUUGAUGCUCAAAUGUACAGGGCCAAAGUUUCAGAUGAAGAACAUGGAGAGUAUGGUUGGGUACAUAUUAGGCAGAGUAUUCAUAAUCCAAACAUUGCUAUAAAUAUGCAAUCAUCAGUUCAAGGUGGAUGCUUAUCCAUGACAAGAAUUCUUCUUGAUAAGUUCCUCUUGGCUAGUGGUAUGGAUAGAAUCCUUGACAUCACUCAUAUUGAAAGGUAUGCAAGAAAUGGUUAUGUAGGUUGAGAUGAAUUCUUCUAGACAAGUGCACAAACAGUCUCAAUAGAGUAAGACAGAUCAUUUGUAUGGGAGAAAAUAGAGUCAAGGAAAUGUAAAUAUAGGGCAACCUUAUUUACAAUAGCAUUUAACUUGUAUCUGUAUAGCUAAAUUUUGGGUCAGGGAAGGAAGGAGAAAAGAUAUACCUGAAUAAUGUAUACUACAUUCCUUCAUCUCUACCUUUUAUUUAUGUUGUAUAUACAUAAACAUUUCUAUUUGAGUAAAGAGUUUAUAUACAACAGUACUACA